AUGCCCAAGUUACCAAACGAGAUCUUGAACCAAGUCUUUGAAAACGCCCGUUUGGCUGAAGUCAGUUUUGUUAAACUCUUGCGAGUCGAAGAAGCUGAGGGCGAGCUUAAAUUCAGCUGGUGCGGCCAGCAUGUCUUUACUGAAGCCACCUUCCCCAGGUUCGACCCGGCUUCUCUAGAGCAUGGUCCCUUUGAAGAACUGAACGAGGAAGUUUCUCGAAUUAGGCGCAUAGAAGACUGGUGGCACGAGAGGCGCCCUACCAAGGCUCCUCCUCUGCAUCCCAAGGCUUCUUUGCAUCCCAAGGCGCCACUUCGUUGGACGAAUGCGGCAGCUCGACGCAUCUCCCUCGGAGACAACCCCGUUGUGCUCCCUAUACAAAUGGGAAUACCGGACGAGUUGGAACACAAAGAAGAUUACUUCAUAAAACCCUCGGAGUUCGCUGCGCUCAGGACCUCACAGAUAACUUUAAACCCAGCCUUGGACAUACUCUGUCUUCAAGUGGGAAACGUGUUUGACAGCUUCCCUAGUGAGAAUGGCUCCAAGCCUACCGUGCAACUCUCGGUAGGUCACCCCGGCACAGCCCGAAUUUCGAACCUGGCUGUUGAAUUUCACGGGCCAACAACGCGAGAGUGGUGUCAAUCCUGUCGCGAUAGAUUCGGCGAUGGGGCCAAUGGGAAUCCGGUAGCCUUUGUUCAUAACCCGGACGACUACUGCCGCAAGGAGGUACACGUCCCGCGCUGCAAGGGGCCAUGUGCCGGGUGUGAAGAUGUCGAGACAUAUAACGAAGCCGUCAAUUACCACCACCCGGUAUACGAACUGCUGGCCCAGUUUCCCGCGGUACGCACCCUCUUCUUGAUAGACUGGGCUUAUGAGCCCGUGGGUGCCGGCCCUGACCCGUCCACCGCCCACGCCUCCAACGGUGACUACGACUUCUUCCUGGUGGAGGAAGGCGCAGGGAAGGAGAGAUGGCGAGCCGAGCGCCCAUGUCGUUUCGAGUCGCUGUAUUGCGCCGAAAGCAUAGAGGAGGGCUUCGUGUGGGAUCAAGAAGUAACGGAGGCUGACUUACGGCAGGACUUGAAGUUCUUGGACGACAAGCUGGACUCUCUGAAGGAUUCGGGGCAAGAAACCAACGAGGAUAGAGCAGAGCUGGAGAAAAGGGCUCGAGGCUUAACGCGGGAACUGGAUGUCGUUGCGAAGAAGGCAGCGAACCCGUUGAGAUGCCAGGUCCUGGCUGCGGUGAAAAAGCAGAGACCCUCUGCCUAG